UCCUCAUGCCCCCGUUCUAUACCUUUGGGAUUAAGCAAAACCGAGUAAACACGUAGCGUGUGUAAAUGUUCCCAGUUUUAUAUGUAUAACCUCUCUUCACCCAAAAUUCAAUUUACAAUAAAAUAAUAACCUAAAAACAAAAAUGGCUGGUAAUUCCUCCCCCGCGAUCCUCCCAAUCUCCAAUUCCCAAACCGCCGGCGCCGACGGCCAACAAUCCACAAUCAACCCCGCGCGCGCUUUCUUCACCGGCAUCUCUGAAACUGUCCGAUCUGGCCUCUCCAGCCGCCGCCCAUGGCCUGAGCUCCUCGACCGCUCCGCCUUCUCCAAACCCGAAUCCCUCGCCGAAGCCACCGUCCGCAUCCGGAAGAAUUACGCCUAUUUCCGCGUCAAUUACCUCACCGUCAUCACUGCGGUGCUCGCCGUCUCUCUCCUGACGAAUCCGUUCUCGCUGAUCACCCUCGCCGGCCUUCUCGCCGCCUGGCUGUUCCUCUACCUCUUCCGCCAGUCCUCAGAUCCGCCGCUCACCGUCUUCGGCCGCCAAUUCUCCGAUCGCGAGACGCUCCUCUUCCUGAUCCUCUCCUCCGUCGUCGUCAUCUUCCUCACCAGCGUCGGAUCCGUUCUCGUCUCCGCUCUCAUGGUCGGUGUGGCCAUCGUCUGCGCGCACGGUGCUCUUAGGGCUCCUGAAGAUCUCUUCCUCGACGAGCAGGAGCCACAGGGAGGGGUUUCCAACUUCUUCUCUUUCUUCACCGCCGCCGCCCCCAUCAUCUCUCAGCCCGCCGUCGCUGCUAGGGGUUGAUGCCCUUCCACAGGUUAAUGAAUGAAUUCAAUUCGAUUCGUUUUUUUUUUCUGUAGUAAUAUUCCUGGCGAUUAGUUAGACGAACGAAUACGUUGCUAUCUCUUUCUUUCUUGCCCCUUAAUGUUUAGGGGAUAUUGGUAUUGUAAUUUUUCUUUCUGAACCUAUCAGACCUACCUAUAUAAUUUUCUUUGAACAGUGUAUCUUGUGUAGUUAUUUUCCCUUUUUAUAUUGCGUACCUUCUCGACAUU